AAGGUGUGACGUCAUUGGCUGCCCAGAGCGCAGCUUCAGUGCGGUACUUCCGGGUCGGUGAUAUACUGAUUGAGGGCUGCGACUGUACCGGAACCAGCUUACCGACACCGAGUCCGAUACUGCCGGAAAAUGAACAGGCUAUUCGGGAAGUCGAAACCUAAAGUGCCCCCACCGAACCUGACAGACGUCAUCGGCACUGUCGAUAGCAGAGCAGAAUCAAUUGACAAAAAAAUAUCAAGGCUUGAUGCAGAACUUGUGAAGUACAAAGAUCAAAUGAAGAAGAUGAGGGAUGGACCAUCUAAGAACAUGGUCAAGCAAAAAGCAAUGAGAGUGUUAAAACAGAAAAGAAUGUAUGAACAACAGAGAGAUAAUCUUAACCAGCAGUCGUUUAACAUGGAGCAAGCAAACUAUACCAUACAGACACUAAAAGACACAAAAACCACGGUAGAUGCAAUGAAGAUUGGUGCUAAAGAAAUGAAGAAAGCUUACAAACAAGUUAAAAUUGAUCAAAUUGAGGAUUUGCAAGAUCAGUUAGAAGAUAUGAUGGAAGAUGCAAGUGAAAUCCAGGAAGCACUUAGCCGUAGCUACGGAACACCAGAAAUUGAUGAAGAUGACCUUGAGGCUGAGCUUGAUGCACUAGGAGAUGAGCUGUUGGCGGAUGAUGACAGCUCCUAUUUAGAUGAAGCCGCUUCAGCACCAGCCAUUCCAGAAGGUGUACCCAGUGACUCGAAAAACAAGGAUGGUGUGUUGGUGGAUGAAUUCGGACUUCCACAGAUUCCUGCUACAUAAAGGCACAUUUUCAAUUGCUGGAGUCUACGUAUUCUGUUUUUUCCCCCCUUUAAAUUUAUUUAACAAAUGUCCCUUUUGAAUAAUCUACAUAAACAAAAAAUCUAAACCCUGAAUUCCAUUUUUUAACUCCGCGUGAGUCACUACAUUCUGAUAUGUUGUCCUGGGGUGAAUUAUUUUGUGUAACUUUUUGGAGCAGAUUUCUAUACCUCUUAACCAUGGGCUUUACAUCUGGCUGCAGGAGAUGUUACCACCAGUGCAUGUUUGCAUAGAAAAUUGUUGCUGGACAUCAAUGUAGUGCCUUCUCUUUAUGAUAAGGGGCCUCUCAGACUUGCACCCUUAUUAAUGUUAUGGUGAGUCCAACAAGGUUCACCACAUCUCUCACAUCUGUUCAAGAUGGUAAUGCCAAACUAUGCCAUCCAAUCUUCAGGUCAUCCGUCUCCUCAUCAUUAAUGUUAUGGACUUACAAUUAACAUUACUGGCUUUCAGCAAUGAAAAAUACAUCUGAUCAGUUGGUUACAUGUCGUAGACUUUUUGCAAUCCAUGUACAAUAAAUAUUAAAGAUCAAAAGUAAAUUUUCAAUCAACAUUAGUAAUUGAAAUGAUUUGCUUAUUUUCCUGCUUCUUUAAACUAGAAUCCAUGGCUGUACGAUACUGCUGUAUAUUUUUUUUUUAUCCUGGCUUCUUAUUUGAUACAAUUCCUUUUUUUUAAAGUCAUCCUGUACUUGGGGGUAUAGAGAUGCUCCAAAGAUUCACUGCUUGUACCUUGUUAAAAGGUGUAACUGUCAAUAAAGAGUGAAAUAUUA